AUGCAGAGAUCUAGGGUUGGCUCCACCUCAGCUCAGCCCGAGGAGGUUGAAGAUGGAAUGGGUUUUCAUCAUUCGUCAUCUAGCAGCGAUGAAGACGAAUUUAGAAGAUCAAGAUCAAGUUCUAAAAGAUCAAAGAAGGAGAAGAAUCACCAGUCCAGCAGCAGAGACAAACACUCUAGCAAAAGUAAAGAUGAAACAGAUGGCCUUGUACCACUAUCUAGAUUCUUUGGCAAUCUAAAGAGUUGA